GGCUCUAGGAUCGCUAGCGUGCUAACUGCUAACCGCACGUGAAAACACGUCGAUAUAAAUCAGUUUAACGUCUUUGAACUUUCAGAGGUUUUUAACGUGUUCCUGUUGUUUUGUUUAUUUGUAGUGAAAACGUCGCUGAAAACGUCACAGGCGGUUCCACCUCAGAUGUCUGAUCAGAAGAAGAAGAAGAAGAGGAAGAAGAGGGGCAUCCCGGACCGAUGGCUGGACUACUGCCCCGUGGGACGGAGGAUCCCAGGGACUCGAUUCAUCGCCUUCAAGGUUCCUCUGAAGGCGUCUCUGAACAGUGGUCUCCCUGAGUCCGACAUGUUCGGUCUAUGGGAUCUGCUGGACUCUGUGCGGAGUCAGAACCAGGACCUGGGUCUCAUCAUCGACCUCACCUUCACCUCCAGGUACUACGUUCUGACCGACGUCCCGCAGUCCUGCAGCUACGUCAAGAUCCCCACCGAGGGUCACCGGGUUCCCUCUGACGCCACCGUCCUGAGCUUCAAACGGGCGGUGAGGUGGUUCCUGAGAGAGAACCGGGACAACGACCAGCUGAUUGGAGUCCACUGCACCCAUGGCCUGAACCGCACCGGCUACCUGGUCUGCAGGUACCUCAUUGAUGUGGACGGGCUGGAUGCAGCGGUGGCGCUGCAGCUCUUCAACUCCUGUAGAGGUCACCACAUAGAGAGGCAGAACUACCUGGACGACCUGCAGCGAGGCGCCAAGAGGAGCAACGCCGGCAUCGACGAGACAGAGGAGAAGGAGGAGGCUGUUCGAGGGCUCGCUGUGGAGAGACCGCCACUGGCCGCCAAGGAACAGAGACAAGACGACCCGGCUGCGGAGAACCAACCAGCUGGUAACCACCGCCACCACUGUCAAGCUCGACACAAACGGGCACAGAUGGCUCCUCCCUGCUCCUCUUUCACUCCCCUCCAUCACCUGGGCCCGCCCCCCUCGAUAUAGGGAACAAACUGAGUCUAAGGCCCUGCCCCCCUGGAUAUAGGGAACAAACUGAGUCUAAGGCCCCGCCCCCCCGGAUAUAGGGAACAAACUGAGUCUAAGGCCCCGCCCCCCCGGAUAUAGG